UUAAAUUAAUAGCUAGAUAUAAAUUUGUAUAUGUCAUUGAGUGUAAGUUAUAUUUUGUUAAAACAACAUAACAGUAUUUGUACUAUUUUUAAAAUAAGUUUGUUUUGACUUUUGAACAAUUUUUUGAAUUUGAAAUGGAAGGCUCAUCGUUGUUGUUGAUAUCUAAUAUUGUAUUAUAGUCGUCAUAUUCUUCGUAUUGUUGUUCUUUAUUAUCAUUUACAUUUAUAAUAUUUUUUUAUCUUUGGCCAUUUUGUAGCGAAGUUACUUAGUUUGUCUGUUAAUAUGCCAACAGUUAUUUCUGUAUUAAAUUUUUCUAAAAUAAUAACUAAAUAAACUAAAUAAUUUGUUAUUGUUAGAUGACUUAAAUAGUUAAAUAGGCCAGUAACACCUUAAUACUAUUAUAAAAAAUGUAUGGUAAAUUGGUAAAUCAUUAAUGAAGAUAAACAAUAAUAACGGACAGAUAUCUUAAACUAUUGCAAUCUUAAGUAGGUAAUAAUUUAGUCGAACAAAGAGUUUCAUUUUUUAAUUCAAUUUAUUAUGUACCUAUAUUAUAUAAUAUAUUGGGUAAGACUUUUUAACACAUGUGACAAUUAGGUUUUGUAAGUUAUAUUAAUUAUGGUACUCAAUAUCUAUACAAAUGAUGUCACGUCUAAUAAUCAUGUAUCCAAUUCAUUCAAUCAUUCCCAUCUCAGCAAUAAAAAAAGUAUAUAUAUUUCAUAAAUAUUCAUUAUUUAUUGGGCUGAAGAACUAUUUUUUUUUCAAUAAAUUUUUAAUUAUAACGCAACAUACUUUAAAAACUAAUAUCGGUUGAAUUAGAAAAUAUCAAGAAAAAAAUUAAAAUUAAAAUUUAUUAUUAGUAUGGCAGUAUCUUAAAAUUUAAUAAGAAAAUAUAUAUAAAUUAGAUGCCAAUAUUAAACAAAAUAGUUAACAUAAGUAUAUUUUCAAAACUAUUUGUAAAUCUCAUUGUUGCAGCAGUGUGUGGUUACUGGUUUGUAAAAAAUAACAAAGUACCUAAGUAAAAUCUAAUAAGUAAGUUAUAGGUACUAAAACUAAACUAAAAAGUAGGUUUUUUUUACUUACCUAGAAUAAAAUAUUCCAUUACAUUUUUGGACUUUUGGAGUGUUGCUGUGUAGGUACCUAUUUAGUAAUUACUAAAUACUAAAUAACAAAUGACUGACAGACAUCAGACACUCGGGUAGCGGCUUGGUAAUUUAUAAUGCAGAAUUGAAAAACAUCUAAAAUUAUAAAUUAAUGAUGUUAAAUAAAAUGUAUAAUAUUUGAAUUAUUGUUUAUAAACUAUAUUAUACAAUUGCUUGAUUUCUAUUAGUAAUAUACUGUUUAUAUACUCACCCAGUCUCUCCAUAUAUGUAUAGGUAAUUGUCAGUUAUAGAAGUUAUAGCACAGAAUAGAUAUAGAUUUCAUAUAUUCUGUGGUUAUGGUUAGGUACCUAUAAUAUAAUAAAUGAUAGAUAAUAUAACUCAAAUCACAAUAACUGCCAAUUUUAUUGAGUGGACAGUGGACACUGACAUCAAGUAAUCGUUACCAUAAUAAGUAGCUAGUACAUAAAAAAUAUUCAAGCAUAGUUUUGUGAUUAAAGUACUAUUAUAUUACCUAUACCAUGUUUAAUAAUUAAUCUUGUAACAGAAAUUACUAAUAAUAUCAAUUUAACAACUAAUUUAACUCCUACAAAAUUGGAGGGUUAUUUAAAUACCUACCUGUAAUAGGUAAUAUACUAAAAGAUAAAUAAUUUUUCUAAAUGUAGUUAUGAUUUAUUGUUGGUGUAAGUAUAAAUAUUUAUACUCAAUGAAUUAGGUACUGAAUUACAUUUAAAUUUGGUUUUCUCAUUUUUAUAACUAUUAAACUACCUAUAAGUACUCAGUAUAGUUAAUAAACUUUAAUUUCUUUUACAGAUUAAUAUUAAUAUAAUAAAUUGUUUUCAAAUAAUCAUGUAGUCAUAAUAAUUUGAGAUUUUGAGCGGAGUGAUGAAUGUAUUGUUUUUACAAUGAAGUGUGUUUUUUUUUGUGUUUGUCAUCGCCGUUUAAUUCUUUGAUUUUCAACUUCAGUGUCUUGUUCAAUGGGAAAGUGUACCGGGUUGAUGCAUUGGGAGGUCAAUAUUUAAAAUUCCCAGUAGUUUUCUUAAUCACCGGGAAGAACAAACAAAAAAUUAAGGAAAAUCGGGAAUUUUUACGCAAAAUUGAUUUUGGUUUUUAGUGUAACUUUAAAGCAAAUGACCGCAAGACAUGAAAUUUUCACUGGUUGUUUUAUUAGAAAUUUCUAUACACGAUAAAAUUUUCAAAAUAUUUUGAUUUGUUUUAAACUGUUUACGGACAUUUUCAGUUUCCAAUUUUUUUAGUUGUUUUUUCUAUGAAUGUCAAAAUAGUUAAAAAAAUUAUAAAAUGUUCAACUUUUAUGGUUAAGGAUUGAAAAUUUAAAUCAAUGUUCUACGUAAUUAGGUUACCUGUAACCACAAAAUUUAAAAAAUAUAAAAACUGGCCGAAAUUACAUAUUAAAUAACCAAGCAUAGUUAUUUUAUUGUAAUUUUAUAAUUAUAUUAAUUCAACUUACCGGCUACCGUUUUAAUAAUAAGUAAUAACAAUAUAAAUUAAAUAUGAAAUAUCCACGCCGACAAACCGUCCCGCACUCAGAAUCGUUUUUCGUAUACAAUGAUAUUAUAUAAUGUUAGCUAUGAAAAGAAAAUCUUUUAUGAAUUUCAAACUGAAAAAUAAAUUACAACAUUUAAACAAUUUAUUUGGUAUAUUAAUAACUCAAACAUUUUUUGAAAGUUUUACCAUGUAUUGAUAAUUUUAACGUUUGAUGGCAAUUUUAAGCAUCUAAGAUUAUUUGUUUUUCAAUUACAAUAAAAUAUAAAAAUUAAUAGAUGAAAAUUCGUUAAUUUAUUUAAAUUAUUUUAAAUCUAAUAUCGUAAAAGUUUUAAAUUCAAACGCUCAUUAAAAAUUAAUAGGUAAACUUUAUUUUUUGUUAAGGGUAGGAACAAUUGUGGGAGUCUUCUAUCAACAUUUUUAUUAUUAGCUAUAUCUAUUAGCUAUAUGAAAGGAAAAACUUUUAUGAAUGUUUAUCUGAAAUAUAAUGUUUGAACAUUUUCGAUUGAAAUGCAUAUAACAAAUAAUCGUGACUAUACCUAUAUCUUUAAUAUUUUUGAACCUAUAUUAAACUUAUAAGAAACCUAACAUUACAUUUUCAAGCAUUUUACUAAGUAAAAAAGUUUUUAUCGAGAUCAAUUUAAAAAAAAUUUACAAAUUUUAAAAUAUUUCUCAUGGCUAUAAAUAGCUCAAAAUGAGUCAAAAUAAUUCAAGUGUUCCAUUAUGGAAAAUGCUAAUAAAAAUAUUUGUUGAAAAUGUCAACGGUCUACGGUUGUUAAUUUUUGAGUUAAACCAAAAAAAUAAAAUUGGUUUUGCGUAAAAAUUACCACUUUUUUCACUUUUUUUUUUGACACUUUCUAAAACUUCUUUAAAUUUUUAAUUUUUACCUCCCAAAAGUAGUAACUAGAUUCAAUUUUCUAUCAGAAAAUAAUUUUAAAAUAGUGAUAAAAAUCAAAAUUUUUCCUAUGUCUAUCAAUAGCCCAAAAAGAGUUGAAAUAUUUUGAAAAUGUAAUGGUGAAUAUAGAUAAUGGUAUAGUAUAAAAAUCCGGUGAAUUUUUUAAGUAUUCACAAUUGUUAAUUACAUAGUUAAACCAAAAAAAACUAAAGAUUUUAUCGAAAAUCGUUUUUUCAUAAUUUUUUUUCCUGAUACUUUUGAAAACACUUGGGAAUAUUCUAUUUUGACUUCUCUAAAGUAGGUACUAACUUCAUUCAAUUUCCCACUAGAAAAGAUCUUGAAGUUCAAAAUUGUAGCAUUAUUUCGACUACUUAACGUUUAUACACAAAAAAAAACUCAUUGGUGUAAAAUGAAUACAUUCAAAUUUAAUUAUCGAUCAAAAAUAUUCGCCUAGUCAGAAAGCUUAUCAAUUUAAUACUAGUUUCCACAAAAGUUUUUAUGUCAUAGAAUGGGGUAAGUUUGAUUUUGUUAUGCUACUUUUAUACAAUUUAAACAUAUCAUAUUUUAUCUUUUAACAAAUUGGAUCAAGAUGGUACUUUAAAAAGGUCAUUUUUCGAUUUUCUCAAUAGUUAUUUAAUGCCACUAGAAAAACCACCAACAUAUCACAAAAAACCGCUAAAAAUGGGAUUUUAAUUUCUAACGCUUUGUAUAUGACCAUAGAAACGAAUAAAAAAAGUAAAUAUAUUUCAAUAUUAAUUCAACUUACAGGCUAUAAUAAAAUAUGAUACCAAUAUAAAAUAUCCAGACUGACAAACCAUCUCCGCUCAGAAUCGUUUUUGGUAUACAAUGAUAUGAUAUCAUUGAAUUCAUAUUAAAUACAAACCAUUAUUCAGUGACCCACUUGUAACCUACUGUACAGCAGAGCGACAUCCAUUCCCUUAAUUUUUUUAUUUGUUGAUAUUAAAAAAGCUUACAUUAUGUCUACAUAUCUUAUAUUUACCUAUUGGCUAUUAAAUUAAUAUAUUUUAGAACAAAUUGGAGGUACUAUAGGUUAUAGGUACCUACUACUAUAUGCUACUACUAUUUAUAAUUGAUAUGAUGUUUCUCAGGGACUUUGUAAUUUUCUUUGAAGCCAACAUAAUUUACAUUGGUUUCUGGAUACUUUUUCUAAAUCUCUUUCACUACACAGUAUGUUGGAAUACAUAAAUAUGAUAUUAAAUUAUGAUUUAUGACUUGAGGAAGAUUUUAGUUUUAGGCAGGAGCCACUUCACUAGAAGUGAACCCAUCAACGUGUAAAGUAUAUAUAAUUCAAAUUAAGUAUGUAAAAUAUAUAUAAUUGUUAACUAUAUUUUUAAAGACCUUUGGGUCGUUUAAAUAGUGUAACCCAGGCCUCCAGAGCAACUAAAUAAAAAAAAUUAUUUUCAAUAAAUAUAUUAUAGUUAUGAUUACACGGCGUUCUAGAUAGACAAUUAAGCUACAGAACUGUCGUGAGAUCAUUUGUUCAGUAUCUCGAAGAAUGUGGUCAAUAAAGACGAAUAAAAAUCGGAAUAAAAAUUGAUGUAAGAUAUAACAUUCAAAGUUAAGAUUUUAACAUGAGUCUGCAAUAUAAAUUUUUAUCAUUUAAAUAAUAUUUAUUUAGUAUCUCAUAAAACAAUAUUAUAAUAUAGUUAUAAGUUAUAGAUAAUAGAUGAACCGAAAUAACGAGUAGGUGGUUUCAAUAUGUAUAUUUUCUAUCUUGUGUAGUUGUGUACUUGUUUUCGCGUACAUAACUAGGUAUACCAUAUUUUUAUAUAUAAAUAUUAAAUAUAAUGUCUUUAAAAAUGGUCUAAUUAUUAGGAAUUAUGAUAAACAUUUCGGCUAGGUAUCUAUUUUCAUUAAAUAUUAGUUAUACUAUAAUAUAAUAGCAGCUGCUGGAAAUAAAAAACUGAAGACUUUAUAAAACGCCAUAAAAUAUGUGGAACAAAUUCACUUUAGCUACCCAGCGCGUUUUUUGAAUGAUUUUUUUUCGAAAUAUACGUAUUUUGACAAGUUAAGAACGAUGGUACAAAAAAAAAAUCGAAAAUAUCCCCGGAUUUGCUGUGUAAAACCACCUUGGAUAGGUCUCGGAAUUAAACAAAUUUGUUACGGCCAGUCUGUUAAAGUCACACAGUAUACUAUAGUGGCUCCGGUCGCCAAACUCAAGGUCUUCCGUGCGGCAUUAAGUAGUGUUGCGCGCAUGCGUAUUAAACCUAAAAUCGCAAAAUUUGGAUAGCUAUAUCUUCCAAAAUAAUGGUUUUCGCAAAUUUUUUUUGCACCAUCGUUCUUAACUCGUUGAAAUACGUAUACUUUGGAAAAAAAAUUCCAAAAAUGUGCUGGGUAGCUACAAUGAAUUUAUGCCAAAUAAAAUGUAUGCAGAAUAAGAUUGUUUUGACAUACCGUAACUAUUAUGUAUACUUAUAUAAUAUAUAUUAAUUGUAGUCAUACUUAUUACUUUAUGACUGAUAUUUUAAAUUUGUAAACUAUACCUAUAGGUACGGAAAAAUGUAGUAAUUUGAAUUUUUUUAUCUUUACCGAAUAUCGCUUAGGUAUCGAAUUAUUUAUGUAUUUUAUAAUCUAUUAUUAUUCCUAUUUCAUAUUAUAAUCAUUCACCAUGUUUUCCGGUACCUUUAUCUGUCUUAUUUUAAUUUAAUUUUAUUAGUUACAGUUACAAAUAUAUUGUUCUACUAUUUACUAUAUUAUAUUAUAUUUUAGAUUUUCUCCCGGAAUUUUUUUUUUCAUUAUUUUGGUUGCUUCUGCAAUCUACAUAUAACAUAAUUUGUCGAUCGAUAAUUUGUUGUCAUUUCCAUCGUCUUAUUUAUACAUUUGUAUGUGCAAUAUAAAUAUCAACAAAUUAAUAAGUCUCAAAUCAAAUAUCAGAUCACAUAAAUAUGACGCCCGCCACGCCCUUAACAGCUCAGUAUACGUAAUUUUAUAAAAGUAAUGUUAGCGACCACAUUGGGUGCUACCUUUAUUAUUAUAGCAAUGGGCAAUGGGCAAUGGGCAAAGAGGGCAUCCCCCCCAAUCACCGUAAUUUCCCUUUGUUUUACACUGUGUGUAACAAUUUUGUUAUUUUUUGUACUUUUGCCCUCCACCAUGCCCCUACAAAAAAAAAAAUUAAGCCCUGGAUCCGCCCCUGAUAAAUAGCGUGUGUCAAACUCGUAUCGUGGGUCAAUUGUCACAUAUUAUAAUGUUAAUAUACCAUGUACCACGAUUAAAGAUAUAGAUAUUCCUUAAAAUAUAUACACUAACUUUUAUCUUAGUUUAUAUUAUAUCUACUAUAUAUAUAUAGAUACGAAUAUUGUAAACCAAAUUGAUUUAAAAAUAAAAUAAUAAGUAUAAUGGAAAAUAUAGUUUUGUUUAUACUACAACGUGAGACUUAUUUUCAGUAUGACUUUUUGCAGGGAUACUUUGUUGUGCGACUUUUUUUCUGGGGACUUUUUUCCCUAUUCUUUUGUAAUAAUCAACUCCGUAGACAAUAUUAUAUUCUUAUAUAAUCGAUGAUAAAUUUUGACAGCUGAUAAAACAGAUUGUCUAUUUAUAAUGGGAACGGCAUAUCCACGAUUUAGAAUGGACUAAAUAAACAGUCAUCUGUCAGCAAAAUCGUUCUGCGCAUAUUAUUAUAGUUUGCCCCUGACAUGGAAUAAAUGAGUACUUUAUCAACACCCCUGCAAAGUAUUUGGGACACAGAUAUAUACUUAUAUAUAUAUAUAUAUAUAUAUAUAUCCACCUUGAUAAUAGUAUAAUAUUAUAUCUGUGAUUUGGGAUGUCAGUAAAUUAUCGUUUAUUUAAAGCCUGGGGCACACGUAGAUAUGUAUAUAACUAUAGUAGUUUUAUAUAUAUAUACAGCGCACAUGCGCAGUGAUGGGAAAAAUACGCAAUUUUGCUGACAUCCCUGUUUAUUUGGUCAUAUAUUAAAUAAAUCAAUAAUAUCUUGAAUUGAGGGCGUAACGCAUGCGCAAAUCUAAUAUCUCCUGUUGACAGACUACAACAGUCAACACACACAAUACACACCAGUUGUACACCCGCACUGUAUAUUAAAUGUAUUGAAUUUUGUAUAUGUGAUCCGAACCCUGGCCCCUGAGGUUGUGGCUUGUUAGUUGUUACACUAUUUACGGAACAAUAUUUCACGGGACAGUAUAAUAGUUUUGUACUUAAGUAUAUAAUAUUCAACAGAAAUUAAUCAUAAAAAGUACCUUUUAAAAAAUACAAAUCUGUAACUUAAAGUCAAGUUUUUAACAUGUUUAACGCAAGACUAUAUAAAUACUUGAAAAUGAUUUUUCCUGCUGUCAAAAAUAUUUGGACCAAUAAUAAUACACGAGCAAUAGCGUUUCCUAAAUCAGAACCAAGUGUACCAACUUUUAAAAAACCCAUUUUAUCAAGUCGUACAAAUGCAGCAAAAACAAUAGUCUAUGGAUUUCCAUUACUUGGUUUAAUUGGACUUGACGAGAAUGAAAAAAAUCGUCAACUAAUCGAUACUAUUAAAAAAGGCUUAUUGUAUUUACAAAACGACGACUACAAUGCUUUUGAACAAACAUUAGAUAAGGCUCUCAAAAUGGCCAAUGAUUUGAAAAAUGUUGAGGGUAUUAUACAUGUAUACGAUGUGUUAGCAAAUGGAGCUUUUAUGAACCACGAAUAUGAAAAGGCAAAAGAUUUAUUUACAAAAGUCAUUGAACAGUUAAUUGAACAAGGAGACCCUAAAGAUGAUCUUAACAUUCUACGAAUAGGUCUUAAAAUUUCUAAAAUUCAUGAAGUUCAAGAAGAUUACAUAAAAUCUGAAUUUAGUUACUUAUACUGUGUACAAAACUUGGAAAAGAAGAUUGAAAUCAAUCCUGAAAAUGAAGACGUCUUAGGUUUAUAUGCUAUAACAUUAGACGCAUAUGGUCGUUAUUUAGUCAAUCGAGGAGAAAUUAACACAGCAAGAAUUUGUUUUAGAAAGGCAUAUAAAGCUAGUGUUAAGAUAAAUGGUGAAGUAUUUAAAAUGAAUGUAAUUUUAUUGAAUGAUCUGGGAACCCUAUACAAUGUUCAAGGAAAGUUAAAUGAAGCAUUACACUACUUUAAAAAGGCAGAACAAAUUGGGCAACAUUUUCCUGACAUGGAAAUUCUUUCGAUGGUAUAUAUAAAUCUCGGUAACAUUUACUUAAAACAAGGAAUGUUAAAAGAAGCAGAAAAAAAUUGUAUGGAAGGAAUGAAAAAUGCUAAAAGACAUCGUUAUAAUGAAGGCAAAGAAGAAGCAGAAAUUUGUUUAUCUGCCAUAAAAAAUGCUAUGAAGUGACUCAUAUUAAGUGUAUGAACGUAUGGAAUUAUUGUGUACAAGAAAAAAUAUGUUGUAUGUCAGUAAUACUGUAUGCUUGAUUAUUGAAUUUCUGAAAACGGGUUUUUUUGUUUACCUAUUUUUAAUUUAAAUGUGUUUAAGUAUAAAUAAUUUUAAUUAGCACAGUUCAAUGAUAUAAUUAUAUAAUUAUAACUUUUUAAUGUAUGUUUAUAUUUUAUUAUUAUUAUUAGUUUAAUUCAUUACAUCAUUUUAUACAAUUUCAUAAAUAUAUUGUUUAUACUGGCUGAUUAUUGAAUUUCUGAAAACAGUUUAUUCGUAUUUAUUUUAAGUUUAUGUGUGUUUUCUAUUAUGUGAAGUAAGUAACAAAAUUCCAUAGCAUCUUAUUUUAUACCAUCAUAUUUUGUCAAGUAAUAUAGGUAAUGAUAAAGUAUGGUUUUUAUUAUUUAUAUUUAGUUCUAUAACAGAUAUUUAGUUAUAGCCAAUAUUUAGAUGGAUUCACUUACUAAUUAAUAUUAUUUUAUUGAUAAUUCUUAGAUAAUACUAUAAUUUAAAAUAUUGGUUUUAAAUUAUGUAUUGUAUCUUUAAACCUUUAUCAUAUCCUAUUAUAAGAGUAAGACAAUUAUGAUUUCAGAAAUGUAAAGUUUAUUUUUGAAGCAUACAUGCAUAUUGUUUACUUAUAUGGAUAUCACACUGUACUUAAACUUGAAUUGCUUUAAAAAUACAAAGGAAUACUUAAUAUAAUUCAAAACAAACAAUUAUUAUAAAUAAUUAAAUUAAAUUAGAAAACUAUUAAAAAUAAUUGAUUAUUGAAAUAAUAUAUUUGUGAACAAAAAAAAAAUUUAAUAUAAAUAAUUUAAACAAAAUAAUCUCAUAAUUACAAUGAAAUUUACCUUUCACGUGUGUAUAAAUAAUUAAGUAGUAUGGUUAAUCACUCAAAAUAAACUAUUUAAAUAUAUUUCAAAUACUUAUGAUUUAUUAUAGAACACAAUAUAGCUUAAAAGAAUAUUAAAUACAUUUUGUUACCUAUUAUAUUUAUAACCAAUUAAAAAUGUAUGAAUUCCUUCAUACAAUAAAUAAUUAUUAUAUUACAAUUGUUAUCAAUAUGAGACAAACAAUUAUGAUUAUCAUUUUAGUUUUAAAUAAUAUUGAAUUGCUUAGUAUUAUGUCAAUGUGAUUUUAUUAAUUAUUAUUACUCUGCCAUUAUUUUUGAUUUGUUUUGCUUAUUAAGUAUUAUAGUAUGUUAGACGUUAGUAGGUAAUUAGUAUAAUAUUAUACAUUGUGUUUUGAACACAAUAUAAAUUUGUACCUUUUAAUUUAUGAUCUAGCACAUUGCACAUACAUAUUUGGCUAUUUAUAUUAUAUUUUCUAUUACCUAUAUUACCUACCUAAGUAUAUAUAACAUUAAACUAUUUUAGAUUGUAUAAUUAAGUAGCUAAGUUGUUUUCAAUAGGUUUUGAUUUAAAUUAUCCUGAAUGCUAAUAAAAACAAUUGUAUGUUUAUUCUCUUGUUGUUUAAUUAAUGCUAAGUUAGAUACAAAUUUGCUUAAUGUCAUACAGACUAUAUAAUAUAGGUAAUUCUAAUAAAGAAUGUAAUAUUUAACCGCUUUAUUUGUUUCGAAAAUAUAUGACUUAAAAUUCUAAAAA